CCAUCUUAUUAUUCACUAGAAAUCAUGAAAAAAAAAAAAAAUGUUUCUGUAUGUUGUAAAUAACAAAAAUAUUGGACGAAUUGUGACUGAACCUAGAACCAAACCACUCAAAAUGGCGGUUAAUUCUUAAGCAGAAAUAUAGGUGAUAUCUGAACAACAGACUUUAACCGAAACGCGCGUCAUCAAGUUUUUCUGCGCCAAUUUGGAGGCUAUGCUAUGUAAAAAGGGUCCACAUUCCUUAGGCAGCGGGAUACCUGCGGACGGGCGGUGGUGCUGAGUGGUGGGGGGCACCUUCUAUGUGAUCAGCUGGGAGGUGACGGAGUGCCCCCUCCCUCUGUGCUGUGUGUGAGCUGGGAUGUGCUGAUUCACCAUCAUUCUCCUCUAGAAACGCAAACAGAUCCAGGAUCUCCUCCUCCCCUCCCCCAGGUCCAGAGAUGGAGCGCAGGCCGGAGCAGCAGAGCCUGGACUUCACCAUGGACAAUGUGGAGAAAGCUCUUCACCAGUUAUACUAUGAUCCCAACAUCGACAACAAGAACCUUGCCCAGAAGUGGUUAAUGCAGGCCCAGCUAUCCCCUCAGGCCUGGCAGUUUAGCUGGCAGCUCCUAAACGGUGGCAAAGUACCUGAGAUCCAAUACUUCGGAGCCAGCGCGCUGCACAUCAAGAUAUCUCGAUACUGGGGGGAUAUACCUUCAGACCAGUACCAGACCCUCAAGUCACAGCUUUUUUCACAGAUCUCUGCCUUUGCUAGUGGCUCCAAGAUUGUCCUCACCCGCCUCUGCGUGGCGCUGGCGUCAUUGGCGUUAAACAUGAUGCCUGACACGUGGCCGCACGCUGUGCCGGACAUGGUGCAGGUGUUCCAGACAGAGGAUGGACAGACAGAUGGCAGAGCUCGUUGCUUGGCGCUUUUGGAGUUGUUGACUGUUUUGCCCGAGGAGUUCCAGACUAGCCGUCUCCCACCUUAUCGUAAAGGACAGGUACGCAGCUGUCUCUCUCAGGAGUGUGCCUGCGUCUUCCCCUUGCUGCGACAGCUCUUACAGCAGAGCGACUCCCCAGGAUUUGUCAAGCAGAAGGUGCUGAAGUGUUUCUCCAGUUGGGCACAAUUAGGCAUCCCCCUAACUGAAUGUGAGGAACUGACCAUGGCGGCGUUCUCCGCCCUACGGGACCCUGAACUGUUUGACUCUGCGGUUGAGGCUUUAGUGAAUACCAUCUCUCAGCCCGAUGCACAAAGGUACGUGAACACCCUCCUCAAACUAAUCCCUCAGGCACUCAGCUUACAGGACCAGCUCCAUCAAGCAGUUCAGAACGGGGAUAUUGAGACUUCUCAUGGGAUCUGCCGGAUUGUGGUGGCUUUAGGAGAAAAUCAUUCCCGGGCUCUCCUGGAUCAAGUUGAUCACUGGCAAAGCUUCCUGGCCCUAGUGAAUAUGAUCAUGUUUUGCACUGGAAUUCCCGGGCACUAUCCAGUCAAUGAAACCACCAGUUCUCUCACACUGACGUUUUGGUACACGCUGCAGGAUGACAUCCUCUCUUUCGAGACAGAGAAGCAGACGGUGUAUUUGCAAGUUUAUCGUCCGGUCUAUUUCCAGCUUGUUGAUGUUUUGCUUCAGAAAGCUCAGUUUCCAGCCGAUGAUGAAUACGCGUCUUGGUCUUCAGAUGAGAAAGAGCAAUUCCGAAUCUACAGGGUGGACAUAUCCGACACACUUAUGUAUGUGUAUGAGAUGCUGGGGGCAGAACUGCUUAGUAACUUGUAUGAUAAACUCGGACGCCUCCUGACCUCUUCAGAACAUCCCACGUCAUGGCAGCAUACAGAAGCUUUGCUCUUUGGUUUCCAGUCCAUUGCUGAAACCGUGGAUGUCAACUACUCGGAUGUCGUCCCUGGACUUAUUGGCCUUAUCCCAAGGAUCAACAUCAAUAACGUACAGCUGGCAGACACAGUCAUGUUCACUAUUGGGGCGCUGGCCGAAUGGCUCUCUGACCACCCUGUGAUGAUCAGUAAAGUGCUGCCAUUAGUCCUUCACGCCUUGGGAAAUCCUGAGCUGUCAGUGUCCAGUGUAUCCACAUUGAAAAAAAUCUGUCGAGAAUGCAGAUACGACCUUCUUCCUUAUGCUGCUAAUAUUGUUGCCGUGUCCCAGGAUGUGCUGCUGAAACAGAUCCACAAGACCAGUCAGUGUAUGUGGCUCAUGCAGGCUCUUGGAUUCUUGCUGUCAGCGCUGCAGGUGGAGGAAAUUCUGAGCAACUUGCACUCGCUCAUCACUCCAUAUAUCCAGCAAUUGGAGAAACUAGCAGAUGAGACACCAAAUCCCUCCAAUAAAUUAGCAAUUAUCCACAUUCUUGGGCUUCUCUCCAACCUGUUCGCCACUCUGGACAUCAGCUGCCAUGAUGACGAUCAUGAGGCCGCAGAAGUGAAGAAAUUACCAGUGGUUCAAGGACCCAACCCGGUUGUCCUGGUUCUACAGCAGGUUUUCCAGCUGAUAAGGAAAGUUCUUAGCACUUGGCUGAAUGAUGCUCAGGUUGUGGAGGCAGUGUGCACCAUAUUUGAGAAGUCAGUGAAGACUUUGCUGGAUGAUUUUGCCCCCAUUGUGCCUCAGUUAUGUGAGAUGCUGGGCCAGAUGUAUAGUACUAUUCCCCAAGCCUCUGCCAUUGACCUGACGCGGCAGAUGGUUCAUAUCUUCGCCAACGAGCCGGCGCACUUCCCUCCCAUCAGAGCGCUGUUCCUGCUGGUCACCUCUCUCACUCUGUCGCUGUUUCAGCAAGGACCCAGGGACCAUCCUGAUAUUGUUGAUUCAUUUAUGCAACUCCUGGCACAGGCCCUGAAACGCAAGCCGUGUCUCUUCAUGUGCGCUGAGCUGGAUGUUAAGGCGGUGUUUCAAUGCGGAGUCCUCUCUCUGAAGUUCCCCGAGCCAACGACUGUGAAGUCCAGCUGCUUAUUUAUUAUGGAGUUCUUACCAAGGUGUGGAGAACUGGCACCAGUCGGGCAGGUGGUUCAUGAGGAUGGGAAGCUGCUGCUUCAAGCUACGUUGGAGGGAAUCGGCGGACAAGCCUCACGCAAUCUCAUGGACUCUUUUGCGGAUAUUCUUUUCUCUCUGAAUAAGAACUGCUUCUCUUACCUGGCUGUCUGGUUAAAAGAAUUGAUGCAGCAAGAUGGCUUUCCCUCUCCCCGUGUCACUCAGCAGCAGAAGGAUAACUUUACUCAGCACAUCUUAAGGGAGCGAGUGAACAAGCGACGGAUACGAGACAUGGUGAAGGAGUUCACGUUGCUUUGUCGUGGAUUACAUGGGACAGAGUAUACUGCCGACUACUGACCACUCGGAGCUGAAGUGCCCACCCACCUGUGAUUCUGGGACAUGUUGUUCUGCUCUGCUGCACCAGUCCUCAUACAGAACCUUGUGGACCCUUUAUGUUACCCACUGGUGCAUACAAAGCUGCAGGAGGUAAGGGUGGAGGAUGGGUGGACAUUCCAGCAUUUGGGACUCGCUUGCUGGGUGCUCAUCACUAGCGGAACUUCCGGGUUUGCACCCACCUUCUCGUAAGACUUGAAAAUAUGUAAUCACCUCGAAGAAUGCCGUUUAUGAGGAUUUUGGGGGUUUAAGUGCAAACCUUUAUGGCUUCUUGUAGGAUAUGUACAGGAAUGACUUGAGCCGGAGCUUAGAGACAUCUGCUGCUUCCAUUCUGACUGUAUUUACUGUUAACAAGCAUGUCUGCAGACGUUACUACAUAUAAUGAACCGUCGCAAUGUCUCACCUCGAAGAUAUGGAAUACGGGGCAAUGGUUUUACAUGUCCUCUCUGUGUCUGAACCCAGGGAUUACCAUUAAACAUUGUAUCUCAUUACACCAACUGCAAAAGCAUGCCAGCCUAACCACUAUUAAAGCAGCCUCUUGUGUCCCCGCUGCUCCCGGCCCUGGUGUGGGCGCCUGCUCUGUGUCCUUUAUUGGUCUUAUCUCCACAAUUACUUUAUGUUUCUCACAUGUGAAUUACAGUCCUACUAAAAGUAACAAUUCUAGAAUACAGGCACCAGAAGGUAAGAUAGGUGUCCCUGCGGCGUUAUGAAAAAUCAUCUACGGGGUUAUAAACAGUAUAUGGGAAGUGUCUGGGUAAUUCCUGCAGUCAGCAGGUGCAAUUCUUAUCCUAUUUAAAGUUCUAUAAAUAAAUUGUAACCAUUGUCUUUUCUAUCAGUUUCUCACCGUUUUCGAGAUGUCUGGUUUUGUCAUUGAAAAAGAGCAAUUCUUGUUUACAUUCAUAGGCUGAGAUUCUGACCACCCUCUUCAUCAUCUUCAUCAUCCCCAGGACAGACUUUGUGUCCAUAUAUUAGUGCUCUGCCUGGUAACAUGCACCGGGUAGGAUCAGGAUUUCAGCCUUUGGAUAGAACCUUAAUAUUCUCCAGCAGAGAACUUAAAGGGGUACUCCAGUGGAAACCUUUUUUUUUUUUAAUCAACUGGAGCCAGAAAGGUAAACAGAUUUGUAAAUUAAAUUACUUCUAUUGAAAAAUCUUUACCUUUCCAGUACUUUUUAGCAGCUGUAUACUACAGAGGAAAUUCUUUUUGACUUAUCCACAUGGCUCUUUGCUGACACCUGAUGCCCGUAUCAGGAACUGUCCAGAGCAGGAGAAAAUCCCGAUUGCAAACCUAUGCUGCUCUGAACAGUUCCUGACAUGGACAGAGGUGUCAGCAGAGAGCACUGUGGACAAGACAAAAAAGAAAUUCAAAAAGAAAACUAUUUCCUCUGUAGCAUACAGCUGCUAAAAAGUACUGGAAGGGUAAAGAUUUUUUUUAAUAGAAGUCAUUUACAAAUCUGUUUAACUUUCUGGCACCAGUUGAUUUAAGCAACAUUUUUGUCCCCACCAGAGUACCCCUUUAAAGGGGUAUUUUGGCUUUAUACAUCUUACGACCUCUCCAUUAAUGUCUAUGGAAGUCACUAGGGGGCGUGGGCGUGACGUCACAUCCCCGUCUCGGAGUCAGCGCCUGGCACGGAAUGCCGGGGGGGGGGGCUGCACAGAGAUCGCGGGGGUCCCCAGCAGCGGGACCCCAGUGAUCAUACAUCUUAUCCCCUAUCCUUUGGAUAGGGGAUAUGAUGUAUAAAGCCAGAAUACUCCUUUAAAAACAGUGAUGGAUUGUAACGCACAUAGAAUAUCAAAAAGUUGCAAAAUGUUUCAUAAUAUAAUAAAUGAAGCUUCAUUUGUAAAUGACUGGAUGAGGACAUUGAGGUGCUUUACUGUACAGGAGAAGGUGACCCACCCAUGAAGUUGCCCAGGGUUAGAGAAGGGCUCUGUCUUUUUUCUUCUCUAAAGAGAAGCCGUCCCACAUCUGCCCAUGAGCCAUGUCUGACAUUGUAGUCUAUUCUUAUUCAAGUGACUUCAGGAUGUGGCAUUGUGGACAGGUGCCGUGUCUUUCUAAUCCUGGUCAAACCCUAUAAAUGUUUCUACCCAGCAAUGGUUAAAGGGUUACUCCGCCCCUAGACCUCUUAUCCCCUAUCCAAAGGAUAGGGGAUAAGAUGUCUGAUCGCGGGGGUCCCGUCACUGAGGACCCCCGCAAUCUCAGGUGCGGCACCCCAGACAUCUGGUGCACGGAGCAACUUCACUCCAUGCCGAAUUACUGGCGAUGCAGGGCGGAGGCUUGUGAGGUCACGGUCACGCCCCACUUGUAAUGUCACGGCCAUGCCUCCUCUAUACAAGUCUAUGGGAGGGGGCGUGAUGGCCGUCAUGCCUCCUCCCAUAGACUUGCAUUGAGGGGGUGUGGCCGUGACGUCAUGAGCAUCCGGCACUGCACCCGAGUGCAUCCGGCACUGUCCCCAGUGGGGAGAUCUGGGGACCCCCGCGUUCCGAUAUAAGAUGUCUAGGGGCGGAGUACCCCUUUAAGAUUCAUGUGAGAUGAUGUACGUCCUGAGAAAAGCACGAAAUAAGGAUUCUGGUAUAGACUGAAAUCACUGAAGGGCAGAUAUGAUUUACAUUGUUGUGAUCUACCAUUGUUGUUUUAAUCUAAACUAUUAAAUGUUCCUUUAUUAUAUUUUUAAGUUUACAUUGCAAAAAGUUUCACAAAAUGUUUAUUUAAAUAAAGUAAAACUUAAUAAGCAGU